UUGUUAAAAGAUCAACGUAAUUCAUUCAAAACAGAUUCAAUUCUAUAGCACAAGAAUUUGUGAUUUUGAAAGAAUAUUUUCAGUUUAUUUCUACCAAAAUAUCAAAACUUGUAUUCUCCCGAAGUAGAUUUUAGCAAUUUGAUUGUGUUUUUGUGUAUUGAAAAAAAAAAAUCAACUGACUGGAUUAAAAUAUAAUCAUUGAUGAUGAACUUGAAAUAUGUAUUUGUUUUACAAAUGAUGUUUUUUGGAGUAAGAUCCGCGCGCAUUUCUAACAUAGGAGAACAGUUGUUAGCUGCUGCUACAGAAGGCGAUGUAGAAUCAACGAAAUACCUAAUCGAACAUGGAGCCAAUGUAAACGUAAUUGAUAUGUUUCACUACACACCGCUUCAUUAUGCUUCUGAGUGUGGUCACAUCGAAGUGAUAAAAUAUCUAAUAGAAAACGGAGCAAAUAUAACUGCCGAAAAUGAAGAUGAAAAGAAACCUUUCAUCUUGGCUGUUGAGAAUGGUCAAAUAGAUGCAAUAAAAUGUUUAACCAAACUAGGAGCAAAUAUAAAUGGACAGGAUAGAUAUGAAUGGGUGCCUCUUACUUUUGCUGCCGCGAAAGGCCAGACAGAAUCAAUAAAAUGUCUAAUCGAAUUAGGUGCAAAUGUAAAUGCCGUAAAUAACCGAAAAGAAACGCCGCUUCAUAAAGCCGUUUCGAAAGGUCACAUAGAAGCAACGAAAUGUCUAAUUGAACACGGUGCAAAUGUAAAUGUCGAAAAUUUAGAUAAGCUAUCACCGCUUGACUUUGCUAUUGAGAAAGGUUAUGCAGAAUUGAUGAAAUUUCUGAUCAAAAAUGGUGCAAAUGCUGAACAUUAAACGUAUUCCUAUUAAUUUUGUGUGACAAACGAACACGAAUAUGAAGUAAUCAAAUACCUCAGAGACCAUGGAGCAAAGUUUGAAUGACAUAUUAUUUCUAUUUAUAAUUACAUCCAAUAAUUAAGUAAAAAUAUAAUUCAAAAUGUAAAGUA